AAAGUUUUUACUUUUUAUCAUCUGUUAAAAAAUAAAGUGAUUUGGAGAUCGGUAUAUCGGAGUAUUUGGAGUACCUAUUGGCUAUUACUGAAUCGUUCAAUAUGGACUUUCAAAGACACCGACCCUCGAGAAGUAUAUCAGAACAUCCCUCAUCACCGAAUUUUAAUGACACUGAAAUAAUCAGACGACAACACCGUGAAACACUCAUAGAAAUGUCCAAGAAAAAAGAUAUUCUAGUCAAUGAUACCGUGAACAAAUGCAUAAAACCAACAUGUCUAAUAUUACAACAUGUUGUGAGCUAUCCAUUUAUUGUAUUACGAAGACAAUGCCAGUUACAUUAUGCAUCAACUCGUUAUCAUAUUGUUCCAUUUACAUUAAUUCCAGUAGUUUAUAGACUGGUCAAGAGUCAAGGAAUUAGUGUUUUGUGGAAAGGAUUUGGAACAGUUUUACUAAUUAAAGGGAUAACAAUGGCGAUUGAAGCAUUAUUGUCAGAACUUUUUGAUUUACCAAAAGACACUAAUUCUGUAAAUAGUUCAAAAAGUUUUGGAAAACAUAUUUUAUUAAAAUGUGCGAGUUUGAGUAUUAUCACUCCAUUUUAUUCAGCAUGUUUAGUGGAAACUGUUCAAAGUAAUAUUGCUAGUGAAAAAACUGCAUUUUAUGAUGUCUUUAAAGAAGGUUUUAUCAGACUUCUACAAUGGAACUGUCCUCAAAAAGGUCGGAUGUUGCCAGUCUGGAUUAUAGUUGUACCCACAGUAACAUAUGGAGUUUUAAGAUACAUAACUAAUAUAUUAGUCAGUAAAAGUGUAAAACACACAUUAAUCUUGUAUGAGCAACGUAUCUGCCAGACUGAAGGUGUAUCAAAAGAUUCUAAUUGUUCAUCUUCUAUUAAUGAACGACUGGAAGCAGUUUCUGAUUUAACAGCUUCUGCAUUAAGUGAUGCUGUUCUUUUUCCUCUGGAGUUAAUUAUGCAUCGCCUUUAUUUGCAAGGCACAAGAACUAUUAUUGAUAAUUUAGAUACCGGAACUUCUGUAAUGCCAAUUUUGACUGGUUAUGAAGGACCACUAGACUGUUUGACAACAACUGUAGCCCAAGAAGGUCGAUUAGGUUUAUUUAAGGGAUUCGGAGCAUUGUUGCUUCAAACAUCAUUAAUAGUUAUGUUGUAUAAAGUAGUGAAAAUUAGUCUUGUAAAAGUAAUUGAUGCUUAUGCCUCAACAUCAUCUAAUCAAUCUUCACAGACUUUAAUUAAUAAACCAAAUAAUCCAAUUAAUACACAAGACCAAUCCAGCUUACCAGAUUUCAGACCUUUAAUGCGAUCAACCUCAUUUAUGAUGUAAAUUUUGUUUUUGAUUAUUUUUAAUUUGUUAUGCUUACAUUAUAGCACUUAUUUUAGUCAUUUAAAUUUUAAACAAUUGUUCUAUAUAAUUUAUAAUAACAGCUAUAACUGGAAUGAAGUUAAGCCUAUUGUAAUUAGAUUAUAUGCAUUAACUAUUAUAGAUUGACUUAAACAA